GCAAACCACUAAAGCAGACACCGAGGGUGGGUGGAUCUUUUGGGAUUAGCCUCCUCGGUCAACAACACUGACCACACGCGACACUCACCCUCACCCUCACCGAUGGCCACAGUCGGCAAACACCAGGGCACCACCAGUGAUCCGCCCACCAUGGCGUCCAUGGAGGAAGAGCUGACCUGCUCCGUGUGCCGAGACUGCUUCAGCAAAUCCCACCCUCUGCCCUGCGGUCACAGCUUCUGCCCCACCUGCAUCCGCGAGGCCUGGAGCGGGCAGGGCGAGGUCAAAGGUCGCUUCAACUGCCCCCAGUGUCAGGAGGAGCAAGGGGAGGUGCUGUGUGACUGCUGCCCUCCAGAGGAAGCGGUGGAAGGAAAGCCACCAUUGGCCGUCAAGACCUGCCUGAGGUGUGAAGUGUCGCUGUGUGCCCUACACCUCCAACCCCAUCUGGAGAGGCCGGCGUUCAGCACCCACCUGCUGGUGGAUCCGCUGGGGGACCUCUCCCAGCGAAAGUGCCAGACCCACGAAGAGAUACUGAGAUACUACUGCGCCGAUGACAGGGAGUACGUAUGUGGAGACUGUCUGCUGGACGGAAGUCACGCUCAGCACAAAGUGAAGGCGCUGAGACAGGUGGAAGAGGAUCUGAAGGUCAUUCUCCAAACUCUGCUAGACAAAGCAGAGGAGAAGAUGAAAGAUGGAGAGCGAAUCCUCAAAGAGCAUGAGUGUAUUGAUUCAACCAUGGCAGACUCCCUGAUGGAUGACAUCUCCCAGGUGGAGCGGCUGGGCUCAGACCUGCAGAUCCAGGUGACCCAGCUGGUAGGCGCUCUGAGGGAGAUCACCAAGAGGGAGAGGCAGCAGGUGAUAGAGCGAGUGCAUGAAGACUGCUCCAAGGUGAGAGACGGCAUGAGCCAGGCGCUGAGCAUCCAGUACUACUUGGCCUCGCUGCUGUCAGAGACUGACCCCUUCCUGCUCAUCUGGGCCUUUCAAUCGGACGACACAAAGUUACUAGCAGACCUGGACAGCCCAGUUUAUGUCCCUGAUGCCGUCAGUCUGGACAGGAAACACAUCUUGGAGGACAUAGAGAGCAAGUAUCGAGAUUUCAUCACCGGCACCCUCCGCUGCCUCAGUGAACUCAAGAGGGAGCUCUUGACCAGUCGUUUGACUCUGGACACUUACACAGCCCAUCCUCUGUUGAGCAUCUCUGAUGACCUUCGCUCUGUGACGCGGGUACGAAACCGCCAACCCCACCCUGCUCACCUCGAACGUUUCGACCACUGGCCGCAGGUCCUCACCGCCCAGACCAUCGCCUCUGGGACUCACUACUGGGAGCUGGAAGCUGAGGGAUUCUGGGACAUUGGCGUCAGCUAUAGAAGUAUUCGGCGGAAAGGCAAAGACGGUAACGCCUUUGGGAACAAUAAGGUGUCAUGGAGUUUGACGCAGCAGCACGACAGGAAGUUGGCUGCUUGGCACAAUCACAGGAAGACCCGCCUUACGUACCAAAUGACGGGCAACCGUGUUUCCGUCACCGUGGACUACGGAGCGGGCACCAUCACCUUCUCCGAGGUGAAAUCAUCCAACCACCUGACCCACCUCCACACGUUUUCCACCACGUUCACUGAGCCCGUGUGCUUGGGCUUUGGACUCUACAAAGCUGAGCUCAACAGUCACAUCACCAUCCUCAAAGUCUGAGGCGGAAAAAAAAACAAAGGGGGACGGAGAAAACACGCUGACUGGUACCAUGCUGGUUUAACUUAGACAAAGCCAUGCCAAGACAAAGCGCUGCUGAUUUAUUUCUGGAAGCUAACUGGAACUUUGAGCCUCUCUAAUUUUUCUCUCCCCUUACAUCUCAGCCUGUGCCCAUCUUUACAAAGAACAGAACCAUAUUUCCUAGAUCAGGUGAUAUUGAUAUUGAAAUAUCAGAGAUAUUUGAGAAUGGAACAUUCAAUGCAUCGUAACAGGAAAGCAACUGAAGAGGCUCCUUUGAAAAGACUCUAAUAGGUUUUGGAAACCAAAUUGCAAGAUUGUUGUGUGCUUUUCAUUCUACAGCGAUCAAAACUGCAGAUGACUGGUCUGGUUGGAUUGGUUUAGAUAUAACAACUGUAUGAAGAAGGUUGUAAGAUGUUUUGAAAUGCUUUCCAUCCAUUCUUAAGCAUCUUCCUCAGUUCUGACUGAAAGCUCCUUUUAUAAAAUAACAAAUGACACAAAUAUUUUCAGCUAUUACAUGUCUGUAUGUAAAAGAAACGAAUAUCCUCACAGAGAAAUGUAUGCUAUGUUCCAUUAACCCAGUCUCAUAAUACAUGCUCCCUAGCUGCAUGAAGCAUAGGAGGUGUAAAGAUUUUCCACUCCACAGGUGAAAGAAAGAGCAUUUAAACCCUUCCAACUCUAAUUGAAAAACAGGAAGGAAUCAAUUAUUUGAAAAAGAAAAAGAAAAACAACUGCCACUGACUCGCAAAGUUGGCUAUUUGAAGCAGCUCACCUCCCCAAUUAUUUUGCAAUUUUUCUUUAUUUCACUGUAAAGGUGAGUGGGUGGAUGUAACAUAGAGGAGGGUGAGAAAGAAGCAGAAUGAAAGGGGGGGGUUGGCUGAGAGAAAGACAAGGAUAGAGAGAUAGAGAGAGGGAACAGAGCAUACUGUGGCUUGGUUACGAUCACACUGACUGCCGUGCUGAGAGAUAAUAUGUUAGAGGAGCCAGAGAACGUGGAUUUUUUGACCAUAUAACAACUGUUUUUCACCUGGUGUGGAAUACAAGAAUAUUCGGAAGGAAACAGCAUCUUUCAAUCCCCCACCAUCCUUCACCCCCUCUCCAUCUCCAUCAGUUCAAGUCUGAACUUGGAUCUUUUCUCACUUUGCAAACCUUUUUUCCUUUUUCUCAGCUACAUAUCUUCUGCCUUCUUGUCAGGUUUUCUUUUUGCCAAAGAAAUCAACUUGAAAAUACCGAUUCAAGAAUUUUGUUGUGAUUGUCAUUCUGGCCCCUGCUGACACAGCACGUAGGACACUGAACACAAUUGGGAUUUCUGGUGGGCAAACAAGUAAACUCAGAA